AUGUUGCUGAGAAGUUCUAUUACUACUACCAAGAAGUUCUUCAAAACCACAUUAAAGAACUUCAAGUCAUUCUUCUCCUCCGGCUACCAAAAGCUUCCAAAAAGCGCUUCUCCUUACAAUCACUUAUCUUAUUGUGAGGCUACUAAUCAUGUCGUGGACAUAGACAUGGACACAAACAUUGACAAUAAUAAUGGUAAUUAUACCAAGUUGUCUAAUGCAAGCCCUUCUAAGGAGAAAAACCAAGUGAAGAAAAGAGAGGUUUUUGACAAGAAAAACAAUGAAAAGAGAUUGACCCUUCAAGGAGAAAAGCAAAAGGAUUCAUCAUUUAUUUCUAAGGGUAUGAGAGAGAGAAGAUAUUGCAUGGUGGAAGAGAAGUUAAGGGAAUUGGAGAUGUUGGAUAUAAGCAAUGUAGAUUAUGUGAUGGAUAUUGAAGAAGUUCUUUAUUACUAUUCAAGACUUACUUCUUCUGCUUAUCUUGAAAUUGUGGAUAGAUUCUUCAUGGAAAUGUACUUAGAUUAG